GAGGCUGUCGUUUGCUUUUACCGAGAUAAUUUCAAACAAUGAGACGGCAAGUACUGUUGUUUAUUUCAGUUCUGUCUUUGAGUUUAGUCUACGGGCAGGUCAGCUACUCCGUUCCGGAGGAGAUGGCGAAAGGCUCUUUGGUUGGGAAUAUAGCGCAGGAUUUAGGACUAGACGUUAAACGACUAAGGCUGGGUAACGCUCGUGUGUAUUCUGGUGAUAGCAGAGAAUACAUCGAGCUGAACAACGAGAGAGGAGUCCUCCUUAUUAAAGAGAGAAUAGACAGAGAGGCGUUAUGCGGUGAUACGACACCGUGCGCUGUGCAUUUUCAGAUUGUGUUAGAGAAUCCGAUGGAGUUUUACAGCGUAACAGUGGAAAUUACUGAUAUUAACGACAAUGCACCGACCUUUGAAAAAAACGAAAUUAAAUUCACCAUUAGUGAGUCUGCAGUCGUUGGGGCAAAUUUUGAUUUAGAGAGAGCUGUGGAUUUGGAUGUAGGUCCUAACACUCUUCAAAGCUAUGUGCUUAAGCCAAGCGAUAAUUUUAUACUUAAACUGCACAAUCAAGCCGACGGUACAAAGAAUGUUGAAAUGGUCUUACAAAAACCCCUCGACAGAGAGAAACAUGAGUUCAUUUCGCUGGUGCUGACGGCUGCAGAUGGAGGAGAGCCGCAGAUGUCAGGAACAAUGCAGAUUCUCAUUACGGUCUUAGAUGCGAAUGACAACGCACCUAUAUUUACCCAGCAGAUAUACAAAGGCACUGUUGCUGAAAAUUCUGCAAAAGGCACGGUUGUGACUUCUGUUAGUGCGUCAGAUGCUGAUCAUGGUUUGAAUGGUAAAAUAAUAUAUUCAAUCACGAAUACAUUGGAUGACGUCAGACACAUGUUUGAAAUAAAUGAAGAAAGCGGUGAAAUUAGAUUGAUUGGACGUUUGGAUUAUGAAAAGAAAAAACAUUUUCAGAUCAACGUGCGCGCAAGGGAUAAUGGAGGACUAACCGAUUCGUGUAAAGUGAUGGUCGAUGUCGCUGAUAUAAAUGACAAUGAACCAACGAUUAAAAUCAUGUCUAAAUCAACUGUUAUAUCAGAGAGUGCAAACCCCAACACUGUCGUUACAAUGAUUAAUAUACAAGACCCAGACUCAGGUGACAAUGGUAAAGUUCAGUGUUUCAUAAAUGAUAAUAUUCCUUUCGUAUUGAAAUCGACUUCAAAUCAUUUUUAUAGUUUAGUGACAGACAAUGAUUUAGACAGAGAGAGAGCCUCUGAGUAUAACAUCAGUGUGACCUGCUCUGAUGAGGGAGUGCCCUCCCUCUCCAGCAGCUCAGAACGUGCUGAUAAUGGAUCCGAGUUGUACAGGAACGAUGCAGCGGAUGCAGAGUGA